CAGGAGGGUGGGAGCCACGUGAGGGACGGGAAGGACGUGGCUCGGCGGCCCUGGCCAGGGCUCCCUGGGACUGGAACCUUGCCCGGUGUGGCCCAUCCUGCCGGGGAUCCCGAGCACGGGGAAGACGGUCCGCCAGGAUCCCAGGUCCCGGGCCACCCUGGACCGCGGGGAACCCUUCGACUGCUCCCAGCGCCUGGCGGGGACUGGAUCUCCUCCGCCACCUCGGAGCAGGCCACCAGGUAUUUAUUCAAGAGAAAUGCAACCUGUGUGCACAUGGACCUUCAUACACGAACACUCACAUCAGCUCCAUUCAUAACAGCUCCACGUGGGAAAAGGCUCAAGUAAGUCUCCAUCAUGCCAGGCAUCCUGAACCUCGUUACCCAGGGAGGCUGAGCCGCCAACCCCUCGGCACCCAGAGGACGCCAGUGGCGGGACAUGGGAGCCCGACCCUCGCGACGGCAGGUGCCCGAAGCUCCGCGCGUGACUCUGGCCACGCUGCCCCCGGAGCUGCUGGUGCAGGUGCUGAGCCACGUGCCUCCCCGCGCGUUAGUGACGCGCUGCCGGCCCGUGUGCCGAGCCUGGCGCGACGUGGUGGAUGGCUCGAGCGUGUGGCUGCUGCAGCUGGCCCGCGACCGCAGUGCGGAGGGCAGAGCCCUCUACGCCUUGGCCCAGCGCUGCCCCGCCGACGAUGACCAUCAGGACGAGUUCCCGUUCUGCGCUCUGGCCCGUUUCUGCCUGCGCGCACCGCUGGGUCGCAACCUCAUCUUCAACUCCUGCGGAGAGCAGGGCUUCAGAGGCUGGGAAGUGGAGCACGGAGGGAACGGCUGGGCCGUGGAAAAGAAUUUGACAGUGGUGUCAGGCGCUCCUUCCCAGACCUGCUUUGUGACUUCUUUUGAAUGGUGCUUCAAGAGGCAGCUGGUGGACCUGUUGAUGGAGGGAGUGUGGCAGGAGCUACUGGACAGUGCCCAGAUUGAGAUCUGCAUAGCUGACUGGUGGGGCGCCCGUGAGAACUGCGGCUGUGUCUACAGGCUGCGGGUCCGCCUGCUGGAUGAAUAUGAAAAUGAAGUGGUCAAGUUCUCGGCCUCACCCAACCCGGUACUUCAGUGGACUGAGAGCAGCUGCCGACAAGUCUCUCAUGUCUUCACUGACUUUGGCAAAGGCAUCCGAUAUGUGUCUUUUGAGCAGUAUGGGAGAGACACGCGUUCCUGGGUGGGACACUACGGUGCCCUUGUGACCCACUCCAGUGUGCGCCUCAGGAUCCGUCUGUCCUAGCUGACCAGCCCUUCAGGACUUCCAGGACGUACUGCCUUCUCCCGGAUGGUAUUAGUCAAAGGUGGCUUUGCAGCCCGCCCCCAGCUGAACAAAAAAGGGGGAUCCUGUGUGGCUCCCCUCCACACUUGCUGUUUCAGCAUCUUGGCCCUCCUGCUGUGAUACACCAGGGACCUAACCAGCUUGUCUGUAGCUUCCUUCUCUCCUCAAGCAGGGACCACCUUACCGUGACAGGCAUCUUCAGGUUACUGAGCCCGAGAACUGCUUCAUGUAUGGAUGCCAGUGGGUAAACUGUGUCAAAACAAAAACAGGCCAAGCCAGACCUGAUAGCACACACUUCUGAUCCCAGCACUCUCGGGAGAGGUAGGAGGAUCAUGAGUUCAAAGUCACCCUCAGCUAUGUACUGAGUUCCAGGCCAGCCUGAGCUGUGAGACCACGUCAAAAACCAAAACAUCCAAUAGACCAAGCUCAGAAUAUAACAAAAGGAGAAAGCGACUUAUAAGGAGACAGUGACUUUUUAAAAAACAUUUAUUUUAAUUGUGUGUCAGUGUGUGAAAAUGUACAUGUGAGUGUGGGAAUCCACAGAAGAAACUGGAGUUACAGAUGGUAGUGUGCCACACAACAUGGGUUGAAAGAGACAUUCACAAUGAUCUCUUCAGUUUGUGUAGACCAGUGGUUCUCAAACUUCCUAGUGCUGUGACCCUUUAACACAGUUCCUCAUGCUGUGGUGACCCCCAACCAUAAAAUGAUUUCGUUGCUACUUCCUAACUGUCAUUUUGCUACUGUAAUGAACUGUAAUAUAAACAUCUGUAUUUUCCAAUGGACUUCGGCAACCCCUGUGAAGGGCCAUUUGACCUCAAAGGGGUGGAGAACCGGAUGUGGGGAGCUCAGAGUACACCUUGCAGGAGUGGGUUCUUUCCUUUCACCAUGUGGAUGGGGGGUCAAGUUCAGGUCAUCAGGCUUGUUGGCAGCCUCUUCACUCACCGAGCUGGCUCUCCAGCCCUGGGCACUGUCUCACCUGCACACUUGGGGGAUGGGUUGAUGGCUGGCAGGGAACAGAGGUCAGCUCGGGCAUUCAUCCUUGCAGCCAUGAUGCUCUGAGGAGUCGCAGAUCCAGCUGAGGGCCCCUGUACCCAUCCACCUGGGGACAAUGUCUGUCUUCACUGCCCCGCAGCAGCAGGGCAUCUUUCUAGGCUGGCAGCAUUUCUCAUCAGUUCCUCAGAGACACCCCCACACACACACACCCCAUGCCAGGUAACACCCUCCUCUCCCCUGCACUCUCCCCUCCUGCCGAGUUGCCUGGCACCCCUAACACCUGCUCUAAAUUUUCCCCAAACUCCCCAAUAAAACGUGUUGAGGGGCUACA